UAUCCAGCAGGUGCGAGCGCUUAGUAAUUAGAAGGGGAAAAAGUCCGGAACUAAGGAUAUUUAUAGGGACAUGACCGACGGGGGAUGUUUACUUUCGACUGACAACCCGCUGCGUCAUGGUUCUUCCUGGGCUUCAGGUUUGGAGAUGGAUACUCUUUGCCUGCAUUCACUGGCUUUGUGUCUGUCAAGAGACUCCAAGACCGGUUUACAUGGUAGCCGUUCCUGCAGUGAUCCAGGCAGGCUCAGAGGCCAAGCUUUGUGCCAGCCUUCUGCAGCCCAACGAGACCCUGGUCAUGACCGUAUCUCUGAUGGCCGACGGGCAGAACAAGAGACUUCUCCACCAGAGUUCUGACCAAGAGUUUCACCGCUGUUUCCAGUUUCAGGCCCCUCGUGUGAAUAGCGACAAAGUGCAGAACUUUAAGGGGAGGUUCGAGGAGAAACAUUCCUAUCAACAGAGGAGAGAAGGGUCCAUGAUCAACCUACAGCCCGUGACGUUCAUCCAAACGGACAACCAAUCUACAACCCAGGACAAACGG